AUGGAGCAUGUUGAAACAGGAAAUAAUAAUCUUAAACGCAAAAAUAUUAAAAGUGCUUUUAUUGUCAGUGAUUUAUCAAUGAAUAAAAAUGAUCUUGGUGAUAGUAUUACUGUUAAAAAAAUACCAAUGUUUAAAAAAAACGGUGGUUUAACUGAAUUUACUAAAUAUAUUACAAUUCGUAGUUGUAAUAAAAAAUUAACAAAUACUCAAUUAGCACCAUUGCUGACGAAUUCCGAGAAAUUAAUCAUUAUUAACAAAACACAAAAUCACAUUGAUGCUUCAACUAAUGAUGGUGAUAAAAAUAAUUCAGUCGAGUCAAAUAAAAUAGAAAUGGAGGCAUUGAUGUCUGAUGAAAUAAAUAAUUCAAUAAAUAAUAUUGAAAAUGGGAAUAAUAAUCAACAACAAACUACAUCAGAGAUACUUGAGGAGAAUGAUGGUGAUGCAAUGGAGAACGAUGAAGACGAAGACACACUAUCAUUAAUCAUAGAAGAGCUUGAUGAAAAUUCUCGUAGUUUAGUUGAAGAAGAAGAAGAAAAAGAAGAAUUGAAAAAAAAUGCUUAUGAAAACACCGAGUCAAAUAAUGAAGAAGUGGAUGAAUGUAAUGAUGAUUCAGUUGAUCAAGAAUCAAAUGUAUCAUUUGGACAAGAAUUAAGUGGUUUAGUUGAAGAUGAUUGUUCAAAUGUCAUUGAUUUAACACUAAGUGAUAGUGAUGACGAUGAUGAUCAUAGAAAUGGUGUUGUUUUUAUGAAACAUUUAGACAAUUGUUUUGCUAAAGCUAGAGCUUCAAAUGGUCCAAAACGUAAUGAGAAUAAUGAUGAUGUUGCUGUUGUUAAAAAAGAGCUAGAAUUAAUUAAUUCUAAAGAAAAAAUAAACACAGGUGGGUCUCAAGAUGAUAAUGAAAAUAAUAAAAAUACAAAAACUCUUGAAAGUACAACUGAAGCUACUGAUAAUAAUUUAUAUUAUAAAAUAAAAGAUAAAUUUUCAUGGGUAUUUAAAGAUGAUGAAGGACAACAUACUGAUAAUACCAAUAAAAUUGGUGAAUUUUCUGUUAGAAAUUUUUUGACAAAAAAGAAUAUUGAUAGUGUUGCUGUAAAUGAAAAUUCAAUUUUACAAAAACAAAAUGAUGAAGGAAUAUGA